AUGAGCGUACGGAAAGCCCAUAAUGCAGGUCGGAAUCAUUUGAGAAACGUGGUCGAAUACUAUCAACAAAUCGGCCAUGAAAAGGCCCAGUCAGUUAUCGACUCUAUUACAUCCUCGUAUGCAGCAGAAGGCCAAGCUGCGGCCAAUCCUAUGCUCCAACAACCUGGUAUUCCCGGCGUCCCCGGCGCAUUACCCCCACCUCCAUUUGGAUUCCCGGGCCGGCCCGGCUCAAUACCACCACCACCAUUUGGAAUGCCUGGUACCCCAGGAGCCCCACCGCCCGGCAUGAUGCCACCACCUCCUGGAGGUCGAGGUAUGCCAUUUCCACCUCCGCCAGGUUUUCCCGGCGCUCCACCACCAGCCUCUGGCGCAGGCGAUUUUCCUCCUCCGCCCGCUAUUCCUGGUAUGAUUCCACCCCCCGGUAACAUCCCGUUCCCACCUCCGCAACCAGGAGGCUCGUUCGUACCACCGCCAAACUUCCCAUUCCCUCCCCCUGGUGCACCAGGAUUUCCUCCGUCACCGAUGAAUGCCGGGCCACCUGGUGGACCUAGCCCUGGGCCGCAGACUCCUGGUUCUACGCUUCCGCCAGGGGCAGGACAGGGAUUUCCGCCUCCGCCGGGUGGCGGGAUGCCAUCUGGUCCGCCGCCUGGGCUGGCUGAGCAGAAAUAA